AAUGAACGAACAUUUAUAGUUGCCGGCCUGCCGUUUGACUAAAAUGUCGGACGCUUUUCUUAUAGUAGCUCUGUUUGACUUAGAUGAACACAGGAACAGAAUAGUGGAAUUAAAAAUAUUUGUGGAACCGAAAAAUCCGGUGUGCGAAGUUGAUAAUAUUCUGUCAUUUUUAUCGUGGGCAACAUGUAUCCGUCUGUUACAUAGCAUUCACUAUGAAAAUCUGAUAUAUAUGCAUAUUAAGCAUGAAAAGUAAAAGUUUUAUUGAUGCUCGUAGUAUUAUUUUAAAGAAUAAUCACAUGCAUGAUAAAAUAAGGCAUUGUCAAUGACAAAGACAGAUUUAAUCGAUCUUUCUCAAGAAGAAACAGAAAAAAAAAAUAUUAACAUAAUGUCACAAUCAGAGGAUGCUUAUGCUCCAGAAGAACCAACACCAGACAUUCCAAUAUCUUUGCUUGAUAUACAAAUGCCAGAAACACCAGAAAGUACAAAAGGUCAAAUCAGUGAUGGAGAUACACCUAGAUUGGAAAGUCCUAAGAUGCUCAAGCCAGUAUUAGGAAAACUACAGGCUAAAAAGAGAUUAAUGGCAUUUGCUAACAAAUUUAAUGUACCAUCAAAAAUUCAAAAUAAAUCCAGUUUGCUUCAAGUACAUACUACUAAAGUUUCUAAAUCUAAAAGUAUGUUGGGUAAUAGUGGAAAAUCUUUGCAAAAUGAUCCAAACACACUGUUAAAUAUUGACUCGGAUUCUAUACAGUUUCAUAAUCGUCAUUCAAGUGGUAAUAAAUCAAAAAAAAAAACAGAGGAAAAGAUUCUGGCUAUUGAAGAAAUUAGACGAGAAGAAUCCAAAAGUAAAAUGUUAUUGGCUGAAGCUAUGGCUGCAGCUAGUUUGGAAGAAGAAAAUUAUGCAAAUAGAAAUGGACAAAAUUUAUUAGAAAAUGUAAAGAUAAUAAGAGAAAAAAGUAAACAAGAUGUUAAUGUUUCUCAUAAAAGUGGUUUAAAGUCUGCAAUAGAAAAUAAAUAUUCAGAAAGAAAACGAUAUGGAAGAGAAGAACGAAGAGAUAGUGCGAGUAGAGAAUCCAAAGAUUACAAUAAUAAAGAACGAUAUUAUAAAAUUUCUUAUGAUAAAGAACAACGUAGAAAAGAUAAAGAUAAAAAAGAUGAUAAAGAUAAACGGGAAGAUAAUAAGUACGAAGAAAAUAAAGAUAGAAAAUAUGAAGACAAAGAUAAAAAGGAUAAUGAUAAAGAUAAAUGGGAAGAUAUACGAGAAAAGAAAGGAAUAAAAGAAAAGAAAGAAAAUUUUAAAGAAAAGAGAAGUGAUUCACAGGAAAGAUCUGAAACCAAGGAUAGAAAAGAAAAGGAAAAAGACAAAGAUAAAGGAAAAGAAAAAGAUAAAGAUAUAAUGAAUUCUUCUUCAUGGAUAGAAUUAAAAAAGUGUGGUAUAACAAUGGAUGAUAUUAUAGAGAUUAGAAGACGUGAUCAUUCUGAACGAUCAACAAAAAAUAGAACAGCCGAGGAUUAUGUGCGUCACUUUGAACAAAUGUUAAUGAUAAACGAUUGUCGUUUAAAACGUUAUGCUUUUAUCGUUGAAGGACUUGAUGGUCCUAAAGAAUAUCCUCCUGAAUCAAUAAAAAUAACUAAACGCGGAAGGCCUCAAUUAUUUUAUUCUGAAAAUCCUCGCAUAUCUCUUUUUAUCAAUCAUCAACAAAUUCUUCAAGCAGUUACUAUCGAUCAUCGUGAAAAAAUGCGUAACAUAUACGAGGCAGAUUUUAUACGAGAGGAUGCGGGAGAAGCUGAAAUAUCUCAACGUAUACGUAAUUGGUAUCCAAAAGCAGGCAUAUGCAAAUCUGAUGAAAAGACCAAAUGGCAUGUACCUAUUAAUGUACAAUUACCUAAAUCAAAAUGGGAUAGUGAAGACGAAGAUAGAUUAUCUAAUGAUACGGAAAAAGAACAAGAGAAUGAGACAAAAUCAGGCAAUACUGUUUCAGAACAUGAAUCAGAGGAAUUUUCUCCACAGUUAAGUACGAUAGAAGAAGACGUCAAUAAAGAUAAAAAUGUUAAUGAAACUGAGAUUUCUAAUGCUAAAAAAGUAGAUGAUAAUAGACCAUCAACAUCCCCUUUGUUACAGUCUGCGGGUAAUGAAAAAUUAAAAUCGGAAUAUGAACAAUUUAUGAAGAUGGUUUGCAAUGAUAUUCCUAUGUCAAAGGAAUUUUCUCCUAAACCGAAUAAACCAUUUUCUCCUAAACCGAAUAAACCUACUUCAACAUUAAGUUAUCAUGAGUUCAAUAUAGAAACUAAUUUACCAGAUGACAAUUUCUCAUUUGUAGAGCAUAGUAUGUCCGAAAAGUCGGAUAAAAGUGAUUCAAAUAAAAUUGAAGAAAAAUAUAAAUCUAAUGAAAAUCGACAAAAUUUAGAGAAAAUUACGGAGACUGAAGAUGAUAAAAUGUCAUUAAGCAAUACUCAUAUUCAAAAACGAGUAAGAAUGGAAAAUAAAAAUAUGCAUGAUAAAAGUGAAUCGGAAGAUUCUAAAUCUAUACCCAGCGAUUGGGAAAACGUUCGAAUCAAAGUAGAACGUAUGAGCGAUGAGAAUUCUGAUUCUAAAGAGACAAGAAAAAAAAAGAAACGGAAAAAGGUGACUUCCAGCAGUAGUGAAUCUUCUAGUUCGUCAAGUUCAUCUGACUCUGAAGAAGAAGUAAAAAGAAGAAAGAGAAAACGUAAAAUAUCAAAUGAUUCAGAUUCGUUAUCAGAUUCAGAUAGCAGUGAUAGUAGUACUAGUAGCAGUGAUUCCUCUAGUUCUGACGAUAAACGAAAGAAACGAAAGAAGAAGAAACGGAAAGCUGACAAAUGGAAAAAGAAAGCGAAACGAAUAGCAAAAAUGAAAAAGAAAAGAAGAAGAAAAAUCAGUUCCGAUUCUAGUAGUAGUGAUUCGUCUGAAGAUAAGAGAAAAAAAAGGAUAACAAGUAAAAAAACUAAACAGAAGAAAGAAUAUAGUAAUAAACAAAACAAUGAAGACAUAAUAAAAGUAAUACGAAAAUCAUCUUUAGAAUCCUCUUCUUUAGAAAAUACAAAAUUGGUACAUUCACAAGUUCCGUUAAAGAAAAUUAAAGAAGAAGUAAAAGUUGAAAGUAGAAAAAGAUCCACAGAUAAAUGCGACAUAUGGGACAAAGAACAGGAGUUAGUUAGAAAAGUAAUUUCUGAUAAUAAUGUGCAUAAUAAAACUCACAAAGAUGAAGAAAAAAGAAAUAAAACUGAUGAACAAUAUUUAGAGGAGUGGGAAAUGGAAUCUGUAAUUAUGUCACAAAAAGAAGAUACUCUGUUAAAGAAUAAAGUUGAAAAGGUAGAAAAUAAUGAAAUAGAAAAUAUUCGGAAAAUGGAAAGAAAGGAUGAACGAAACAAAAAAAAUGAAAAAAAUAAAAAAGAUGAAUCUUUUAAAGAAAAAUGUUCCAAUAUCAGCAAAGAAAUUAUACCUGGAAAUUUGAAAAUGGAAGAAGAUAUUGAUGGAAAGAAAAAAAGAAAAAAAGAUAAAGAAAGAAAGAACAGCAGCGAAUUUUUAACUGAUUGGGAGAAAGAGAGCGAACGUAUAUCUCAACAAAUAAUGCAAGAUGAAAUUAAACUUUCUAAAAAAUACAAAAAAGAAAAAUGGGCAGAGACUGAAUUCGAUACCCUAAAUGUCCCAUCAUUGACACAACUUGAAAGGGAAGUAAGUAAGAGACAACUAUUAGCAGAUGAAUGGGAAGUUGACAGCUUGGAAGCUGUAUCUGAUUUAAUGAUAAAUAAGAAAAAAGCCACUCAUAUUUCAAAAAAAUUAGAAAAGGAAGUCCGAUAUGAUAAAAAAACAGAUACAUAUAUCGCUAUAGAGAAAGAAACUUUGAAAGAAUGUAAAAAGAGACAAGAUAGAUUAUCUGCAAUAAGAAUCUGGGAAGAAGAGCAAGAAGAAGGAGAGAGAGAAGCUAUGAUGCUUCUAGAACAAAAAAACAAGAGGAAGAAAGAUGAUUGGGACAUUGAAGAAGAGUCAUUUCUACGAGAAAAAAAUGACAGAAAAGAAAGUAUAGAAGAUAUCACUAUUAUUGAUAACAUUCAUAAAGAAAUAAAUACAAUUAGCAAAAAUGUUGAUGCAUCUAUGAAACAUGAUAUUCUGGCAAAAAAAAAUAAAAAAAGUCGUUGGGAUAUGGCAUCACAGUCCGAAGAAAAAAUAAAAUUGAAAACUCCUGUUAUGUGGGAGGAAGAGUGUGUAGAAUGGGCGAAGAUAAAUAAAUUCGAUCAUAAGAUUGAAAGAGUAUCUUUAGAAUGUUGUGAUUCAAUAUUACCUAAAAUAAAAAUAAAAGAUGAGGAUGUUUCUAUGGUUGAACAACAAUCAAGAAAAUCUAUAUCUAAAAAUGUAACAAAUCCAGAUAUCGAUUUAUUCCCUAGAAAAUCUCAAGAUAUAGACUUAUUAGAAUCAUCUUGGACUUCAGAAGAACAUAUUAGAAGCAAAUUACGCAUAAAAAGUUUGGAUAAUAAUUCUCAGAAAGACAUAUUUUUUGAUAAGACAAAAGAGUUAAUACCUUUAAAGGAACAAUGUAAUGUAGAAUUAAAGGAUAUAUUCGAGAUAGAUGUAAAAUUAACGAAAAAAAAUACAGAAUUAUAUAGUCCUAGUUCUCCAGCUGGUUCUCAGAAAUCUGAGGAUAUGGAAGCUUUUAACAAUAAUCAUACAAGUUCUUUAAAUUUGAAGGGAAGCUUUCUUCAAGAUAAAUCAAAGAAUGAAACUCUGAUCAAGACUGAUGACGAAUCCAUUCCCAAUAUACCUCUUCAAAUAAAAUAUCGCGAUGGGAAAUAUACGAAAUCUCCAAUAACAAAGAUAGAAUUUGAAGAAAUUAUAGGAGUGCAAAAGACAGAAGAUCAAACUAUUCCAAAAAAAUUCGAUGUAAAAACUAUUGAAAAUUCGCCUGAAUUUUCAACUAACGAAUCAUAUUCAGAUACAAGUUAUAAACCUUUACGAAUGGAUAUAUUUGCAGAGUAUGAAUCUGAUGAAUCAUGUGAAAAAUUAAAUAAUAAAAAUUCCGAAAUAAUAUCUUCAUCUGUCAAUGUAAAAGGAGCAGAGGAAACAAAUGAAGGAAAAGCAGCACUUAAAUUAAUUCCUAAGCAAUUAUUAGUCCGACGAAAUAAUGAACGUAUAAAGACAAAAUUGAUAUCGGAUGAUCCUGUGCAACAUGCUGCAGCUUUGUUAACUAUUCAAAAGAAACUUCGAGAAUCACAUGCUAUGAAAAAUGAUAUAAAGACUAUAUCUUGUGACGAAUCUUCUGCUGAAUUCAAGAUUGAAUGUGAGAAUGAUAACACACACACAUCAGUUACUGAAAUUAUUCCCACAGAACAAACUACUAUUACGGAUGUUAAGGUGGACUCAAAAGAUCUAUCAAUAACAGUAAAAACCUCAAUUACUACAAAAUCGGAAUCACCAGGCACAGUAAAGCUUGAUUUUACUGAAUAUAAAUCUGGAGAUAAAGAAACUAAAUUAGAAGAACUUAAAAAACCUAGAUCACGUAAUAAAGAUGUGAGCGACACAGAAUGUCAAAUAAGAUCACCAAGUACAGAACAAAAGAAAAAAAGUCCUAAUAGAAAGGAAAAUAGAGAAGAUAAACGAAUUAAUGAUCGCAGCAAAGAAAAAAGAGAUAAAAAAUUCGAUGAUAAAGAAAAAGGAGAAAGAAGAGAUAAUAAAAAUUUAAAACAAGAUUAUAGUGAAAGUAGGAGAAGAUUUAGUCCUUCUGAUCGUAAUAAAAAAAGAAGAAGUACUUCCUGGGAACAGGAAGGAAGUCGUAGUGAGAGUCAUAGUCGUAGUUGGAGUAGAAGUAGAAGCAAAAGUCCAAAAAGAAAGGAAGAAUCGCUUCCAGGUUCCUCUAGUAAAGAGAGACGAUCAAUUAGAAUGGAUGAAGAUAGAUCUGGCAGAUCUAAAAUAAAUGAUAGAAGAGAAAGAUCCAUAAGAACUUCUCCUCGAUCUAACACUGCCUCAUACAAUAAAGAUCACUUUAAGAAGCAUGGAUCUAAAGGAGAGCGAGAUGAAUGGAGCAGAAGAAAAUACGAUUAUAUAGAAAGAGAAAAGGAAGGUAGAUCGUAUGAAACAAUAGAAGUAUUAAGAGAAAGAAAUGUAGAUCCUGAUAGACAUAGAGAAGGAAGAUUUCGCGGAGAUGAAGCUGAUCGAUCAUUGUGGCCGUAUGAAGCAGAAAAUAUACUUCGGGAUGGAAAUGAGUCCUUGGAUUCCUAUCCUAAUAGUCAAGAUUUGGACCUCGAUUACGAAGAAAAAUUGUACUAUAGGAAUGAUAGUAUUGAAAGAGAUAUUACAGAAGGUCCUUUCCGUUCCUCAUCAAAAUUCAAACAUAGAAAAAGCAGACCCAGUACAAGAAGAGAUAGACAAUGGGAGAAGGAAAGAGAAUUAUUAGAUCUAGACAGACAUGGACAUGUUCGAAGAAUAGAAAAACCAUCAUCUAGAAAUCGUUCUCCAUUACGAUUACGAAGAUCACCGCCUAGAUCACACGAUCAUUUCAGAUGUGAAUCUAGAUCGCGAUCGAAGUCAUGGUCAAGAUCUAGAUCAAGAUCUAGGUCCAGAUCACGAUCUCGAUCAACAUCCAGAUCCCGAAUGAUGCGUUCGAGAUCAAGAUCCCGAUCUGGAUCUCGAUCAAGGACUAGAUCUACCUCGAGAUCAAGAAUGAGGAACCCAGAUCAUAUACGAAUAACUGAACGAUUACGAUCUUCUAGAUCACCUUCUGUGGGACGAGGUAGAGUCAGUGAAAAUUCAAGGGAAAGGAAGGAUGAACACGAUAAUAUGAAAAUAGAUAGCUGCACCGAAAGAGGUAGACGAAUAGAAACAAUUGUACAGUCCGUGUCCGGACUAUCUAGGGACUCGACCGUGUUAGACUCGGAAAUGCACAUAGGUGACAAUAUGGAGACAGUCACAGCAGGUUUCCAAUAUUCGACUGAAAACGAAGUUGGAAACGAAUACUAUUAUACAGAGAAUAACUUAACUUAUCCACCGUGCAUUGAUGACUCUGCAGCGAGUUCUCCGAAACGUUUGCCACUUGAUGAUAGAUUAGAACUUGAACUAGGUAUUAAGAAGCAACAGGAUGGAACAGGAAUAUCAAAUGAUUAUGGAGAUAAUUUUAAUUCAAAUGUAUGUUAUUCGUCAUCACCUCAGCAACAACAACAGAUGUUAUACCGUCAGCAACCUACCGUUUUACAAGUUGGCAAUGUAUUGCAAGUUGUACCUGCAGAUUUCAAUGGAGUCUCAGCAACCCACAGAGACUCAACCAAUUCCUCGAGUACACCGAUUGUACGAGGCUCAAGUCAAGUAGUUCGCGUAGGUAAUGUUCUUCAAGUUGUUCCGACAUCGUUGGACUGGAGCGGCGGACAGUCCUCUUCGAUCGAUCAGUCAGCAGGGAUGAUAUACUCCGCGACAGUCCCUCAACCCUCUCCGGUUCCCUCAGUUCCUAUAUCUGUACCUGUUCCAGUUCCUGUUCCAAUGCCUGUACCGGCCGUUCCACCAGCCAUGACUUCGACACCAGUUUCUACUUUGUCCCCGGUUCCAUUACCUAUUUCUGUUCCUGUGCCUGUCCCUGGUCCUGUCCCACUUCCGGCAUCACAGCCGACAUUUGCAAGAGCUGAAGUGACAUCACAGAAAGUACCAGUUCUCCCAGUUUAUAAUUAUGAAGUUAUUUUGGAGACCCGCAGAAAAGAACAAGAAGAACGUAAACGAUUGCGUGAGAUUAGAAGAAAAGAAAAAGAACGUAGGCGAAUUGAACGAAUUAAUCGUCGCGCUCUUCAAUUAUUAGAAAAAAGUAACAUGCGCCAGACAGAAAACGCGAAUCAGCAAAAAAAUACAGGUUUAGAUCCAUGUGUUUUGAAAGCUCUUCUAGAAGGUGAAGAACAAGGUGAUGUAGAAGAGCAACAAACUUCCGCUGCUAUUUUUGAAAAAGAAGAAGAAACACCAGUUGUUGCAUCUUCUAUUUCUACAGAAGAAGAAGAAAUGCCUGUUGAAGAGGAUGAAGAAGAAGAAGAAGAAGAAGAAGCUGAGGUAGAAGAUGAUGAAGAAGAUGAGGAAGAGGCAGAAGAUGAUGAUGAAGAAGAAGAAGAUGAUGAUGAAAAGUUGCGAUUAAAUAAAUUAAAAAACGAUGUUGAUGAAGCUACUGCAACAAUAACAACAGAUGAAACAAAUAAAACUCAAAUCGAGACAGAAUCCAAAGAAUGGCCAGAAUUGCCCCCACCACCUUUGAAAGGAAUCUUAGUUGCAUCAGGGUUCAGAACAUCAGUUCCUAAUGGUAACUUAGAUGAUUUAUCUACUCCUGAAAAUGAUAGUGGAGAUAACACGGAUAAAGAGGGUCCAGAAUCAGAUAAAAAGGAAUCUAACAAAGAUGAAGCUGGAGAAAAUAAAUCAAGCAAAUUCAAGAUUCAGAUGAAAAAAUUAAAGUUAGCAAAAUUGAAUAAGCGUAAACAAAGAAGUAAAAAAUCAGUGCAAUUUGCAGAUGGAAUCAAACCUGGAGAAGGUACCAGUCCUAGUGGUGGUGAAGGAGAUAUGCCUUCGCCUCCACCACCCACAUCUAUAAUUGCUCGGAAUGGAAUUCGUGAUGUUCGAAGAUCCAGUUCUAGGAAGAGCAGAAAGCAAGAGAAAAGAGUGCGACCUCCAAAAGCAAAGAAAAAAGUAAAGGUGAAAAUUAUAAAAAUAAAGAAACCCCGUGUCACUCCAUUGACGGCAAUGAUGAUGGAUGAUUCGGACGAACUAGAUGAUCGUUCUCCGCCGCCACCACCUCCUGGAUCUCCUCCACCACCACAUCUUUGGCCAAGUUACCUUUCUGCUUAUAAUGUUAAUAUUCGUAACAAUGAAGCUCAAUCAGCGACUACAGUUUCGAAUACUGUUCAAGCUCCUCCGCCUCCUACUCCGCUGCCUCUUUUAGUUCCUCCUCCUCCUUUGAAUUAUACUAUACAGCCUUGCAGUAAAGCGUAAGAUUUUUGUAUUUUAGGUAGCAUUCUAUUUUAACAUGUAACAAUCUUAGAUAUUAAGCUUGUAAAAUGAACAAUAUACAAAUAUUUAUUUCUCCAUGAAGAAAUAAAAAAAAAAGAAGAAAAAGAAAAAUCGCGAGUGUGGCCUUACAUACAAAGGCUUUGUAAGAUCGUUGAAAUUUGCGCAGAACGUAGACGCAAAAAAUAAUGUAUUAUUAUUAGUGACAAAUUCAUCGACUGUUUGCUUAUUGUAAAUAGCUUCAUUUUUUGUGAUGCGAUAUUAAUCGUUUUCGGAAUAGAGUUCGCGUAUGAUGACUAUUCCAUUGCGUCCACAUCUCUGAAAAUUCGCGUUACGUUUAUAUAUUUUUCGAUACGAAAAAACAAAUAGUCGAAAAAAAAAAGAGAUCCGAGGUACAAUGGAAAAUUGUAACGCGUAACAAUGUAAUUUAUACAAAAGAGGACCGAUUGUUAAUAACAAUUACAUUGUUGAAGAUGUAAGAUACCCGUAAGGCAAAUGAACUUAUCAUUGUAUAUUUUACUUUUGUAGUUUACAAAUUAUUUUUGAUUUAGGCAUAGUUUUAAAGAAAAAAGAAAUCUUGAUACAAUUUCUUUCUUUCUUUUUUCUUUGAAAUUAAAGUUUGUAUAUAUGCGGGAAAAUAGAUGUGGUUAGAUCAAAUUUCAUAUUAAUCUAUAAAUAAGACAAAUAAAUAAGAAAAUGAAGCUAAGUUUAAUUAACUAAUUCUCUGAAUUUUUAACAUUCGUUGUACAUAUCUCGAUUAAUCAUUGUUUAACGCGCAGAAAUCUUAAAUUCUUUUUAUGCUAUAAUCACAACUUUACGUUUUCCAUUGAACGAUGUUAUCUUAUCUUUAAUAAGAGAAUAAUUAACUGCCCAUAAUAUUUGAAUUACCACGACUUUUUGGAAAAUGUCAAUUUGUAUUAAAAUAAACAUAAUUCUUUUAAUA